CGAUACAAUGGGGCGAAAUGGUUAGCGGUGAAGUGACCUACAUCAAUUUUGCACGAUGCUGUUUACAUCAUGCAUGUGCAGCACACUCAGCUAAAUAAUCAACCUUUUGAAAAGUUCAGUUGGAAGAAAUCAUAGUGGGCCUAUUAGUACUUUUGAGUAGGCCCAGUGGAGGCAUUUUGUGUGUGCAUUUCACAGUACUUUAACCACUUACUUCAGUGGUGCGGAGCAAAUCAGUUCCAAAUGCAAGAAUCGGGUAUUGAUAUGGAGUUCGAUCUCCAUUUGGAUGAUGACGGGACUUUUGAUUUGUUUGGGGAAGUGAAACAGAACUUGAGCUUGCAAGAUCAAGGUGACAUAACCAAGUCAAUGUCUUCUUCAGCAGCAUCGGGGCCAGGAACUGGGAUGUUAGAAGAAGAAAUUAACCAUGUCAACAGUGGCCUCAUCAACGCUAACUUUUAUGAAUUACGAAGCACACCAGUGGAAAGCUCCGCUUUACAGAAAGAAUUUUCACCAGGAGCGAUGUCUACAAGAACAAACUUCAAGCAAGAACUGAUGCGGCAACAUAUUCAAGAAAUAGAAAAGCAUGAGCAAAGACAAUCUCGAACAUCCCCAAUGUUAGCCACACCAGCAAUCGACCUACCAAAGCUCUCCACAAUUCCAGAAGUUCCAACAGAUGUUUUGAAGGUAACCACCAAGCUUGAGAACCCUACCAGAUACUAUAUACAACAAUCUCAGAAAAGACAGGUGGAGCAGUAUCUUUCUGCCUCUGCAGCACAAACAAGGAUGUCUCCUCACCUGUUAAACCCUAGUCCGUCGUCUAACUCGCCAUCACGUAAGCAAAGUGGCUCAUUGUCCAGUCUGCCAAACAGCCCAAUGUCAACUCAAGAGGUGGAUGACAUUUUAGACGAGGUAAUUAGUUUGGAGUCAAGUAUAGGAGAGGAUGCUCUGACCCAGUACUUCCAAGAGCCUGUUUUGAUGCCAGCAACGAUGCCUGUUCACACUUACCUAGACCAGUUGAGUCCCAGUGGUGGUAUGACGCCUGUUGCAGUCCCUACUCAGUCUGUCUCGUGCCCUGCUGACCUCAACAAAAUAAAGCAAGAACCACUUUCAGAAGAUCACGUUCGGGCUUUUGCAAAAGAAAGGCAGAAGAAAGAUAACCACAACAUGAUUGAACGGAGAAGACGUUUCAACAUCAAUGACCGCAUUAAAGAGCUUGGAACCCUCAUUCCAAAGAACAUAGACCCUGACCAGAGGCAAAACAAGGGAACUAUUUUGAAGUGCUCUGUGGACUAUAUUAUGAAACUGCAGAAGGAGCAGGCAAAAUAUAAAGUUGCUGAGGAAUACCAGAAGAAACUGCAGUCUGUAAAUCGGCGCAUGAUGCUCAGGAUUCAGGAACUUGAGAUGAGAUGUAAACAGUACAAUGUACCUGCAACAGCCCUGAGUGAUGAAACUAAGACAGAAAACAUUGCAGCUGAAUUCAUGCGUCUACAAAGUUCUGAUAUAGAUCUGAACAUCAAGGAGGCGAAGCAAGAACAAAAGAGGGUCUGUGAACAAACAAACUCUGCAUCUUGUCCUGAAACUCAAGGUAAUGCAUCUGAUUUGCCUGCAUCUUCAAAUCAGUCAGGUGUACAUGUAGAUGACAUGAAUGAAGACAAUACACUUCGCAUUGGUAUUGAUCCAUUACUUUGUCAGUCAUCUCCAAUGGCAUCACUUCAUAGUAGCAGACGAAGUAGUCUUACAAGCACUGAUGAUAUGCAGGAUCUUCCACCAUCUGACUUCCUUUGAAAUUGCAUCAGCUUUUAGUCUGCUGGUCAGACUGUGAUUGAGGUUUUCAAAGUGUGCAUGGAUGUGUAUUAGUUUUAAGGUGACGACUUAAAAGUUUAUUUCAUUUCCAGUUCAGUUGGCAUACUUUACCUUCACUGUAAAUAAUCUCAUAGUUCACAUCAUAUCAGUAAUGUACAUGUAGCAUGAUUUAAUGGACUAUAUUUCUGUAAAAUCUUUCUAAUAUGAUCUUCAUAAAAAGGGUAUGUUGUGCACAACUUUCAAAAUUACCAACACAUUAUCAAACCAAUAGUUUUCUGUUAUUGUUACAAAGCAACUACAUUUACUGCAAAUUCAUUUUGUAUGCCAAUUAGGUCCAUUAUGUAGUUGUAAAGUCCCUUUUUUAACUACAAAACCUAUCAUAAGCCUACCUCACAUAAUCAAAUAAUAAGUAUAAUUUUCCGGCUUUCAUUGUAUUAUUUUAGAUACUUAUGUACAAAACCUGCAUACAAAAACUCAAUUGAUAAUGGUAUUGUAGUACAAAUUGUAAUGUUUGUCUUACAACGAAAAGAUACAUAUUACAAUUUUGUUGCCUCAUCACAAUUUUUAAAUCCAGAUUCCACAAUGUCCUGCAUUAGUUGUGCAUGGAGAAACAUCAGUAACCAAGUGAUAUGUAAUGCUUUUCCUUUACUGAAAAAAAAGUGUUAUGAAAAGUGUGAUUCAAUCUGGUCGGUGUUUUUCUCCCUUAUAUUUCUUGCUUCUAUCACCAUGUUUGCAAAACCCCAUUCCUUUUUUGCAUCAUUUGAGGGACUGUGAAGUUAACUUAUAUGAAACUUAACAUUGGAAAGGAAAUUCUCUGCCCACGUUUUCUCUUCUUUGGAAUUCAUUUUCGUAUCACAAAAGUGAAUUACUUUCUUACAAUGGGAGGUGCUUUUCGCACUUUCUCCAACAAUGGACAAAAUUUCACCUUUCCACACAAGUUAGAAAUGGUUUUCAUACCUCAUGAGUGGGAUAAGAUAUUUGCGUCUUUGGACACAAGUGGAAAAACAUUUUUACACUUUGUUAAAUGCAAAUGGAGUGGCAAGUCUUUUUUUUUUUUAAAGUUUCCCCAUUCCCAGUCACAGUGUAUAUUGUUACAUUUGUAUACUCAUGCAAAAUAUAUUAGAUCAUGGAAAAUGAUUGGCAGUCAGGACUGAGGUGUGUGUCUCUGUGUUAAAAAAUAGUAGUUCUAAACUGGUUUAAAAUUGAAACUUUCAGUCAGCACCCUUGUGAAUCUAAGGGAAUUCUCAGAUAUUUUUGCGAACUUUGAAAAUAUUGUACAUUUAAAUUUGUUAUAUUAAGAGGUUGGAUGAAUAAUAGACUGGGUUUGCUAAAUAUUAGAUGGCAAAUAGAUGCAUUAAACAAUGUAGUUAUUUAAUGUAUUAAAGCAAGCUGAACCGUGAAAUUGUUAAUUAAAUGUACCACAAGAAUUUUUGCCUCAUGUAAUUAUAACAAGCUAUUCAUGUAGUUUUACUGUGCCUCGUGUAAUAGUUUCCAUAGGAGUUGAACUCUGUUUUAUGGUGGAGUUUUAGUGAAACAUUACAAAGUUUUGUCUGAACUGUUUGGUUGAACAUAUAUGUCUGGAUAAAUAGACGGAUUGUUCAUGUGACCUGUUGUGGUAUCAAACACCAACAGACAUGGUGUCCUCACAAAAAUCACAUAGCAAUGUGUGUUGUAAGUGUUGUUUCCCCAAAUAAAUGCAACAGUCAGUUCAGUACCCAGCCUACUGGUGUGCUGAGUGCUAUAAUGAGAAUUGGCUAUAUUUUUGUUCUGCAGCACUUACAAUUCUCUUUGCUAUAGGAGGCUGCCAUGUUUGAUACCCACUUUGGGUCACAUGACUCAGUGGGCUUAAUCAGUCAAUUAUUGUUGGACUCCCUUUUGUGCCUUACCAAACAUCAAUUGUGAUAUCUUACAUGUGAUUGCAAGCAUGAGGUGAGGUAAUAUUCUACCUUUCUAUCAUGCAUUCUUUGUAAGAAUGUGACUGCCCAAAGGAUGAGGUGGAAACUUCUCAAUAUUAAAGUGUUCUUCCUUUCUGGUUUACAA